AUGGGCCGCGUUUCUGACCGGGUAAGACGUCUUCGUCGUGGUAAGAAGUCGAGUAUUUUAAAACUACCAAAUGAACUGAUGCUCGAUAUCGGGAAACACUUGACGGCCUUAGUCGAUUUGAGAGCCCUCACAUUGUCCAACAAGCGGCUUCAGCGUAUACUUGGGGGAGAAUUGUAUAAGCGCGACCCUAACCUUGCCCUGCGUGCAGGGAUGCGACGGAGGGAGUUGAAAACAGUGGAAAAUGCUUUACUCGCAGGAGCUGAGGUUGACUUCUGCCCCUUUCCCCUUUUUGGCCCUACGCCGCUUCAACAGGCUGCUCGGGGAGGUUGGGAAGACGGGGUCCGUCUGCUUCUCAAACACGGUGCCGAUCAUGGAAUGAAAACCAACAGCCGCGUCCGUUCUGCAUUGCAUUUAAUGAUAGCGUCACCGCUGCCGGGCGGAAACCCGGAAUCAUAUCUCCGUAUCGCGAAAGCGUUUGUCGAUCACGACGCUGACGUUGAUCGGGUAAAUGAGAAUAUAACAGCCCUUUUUCUUGCUGCUAGGCAUGGUGAUUUAGAGAUGGUCCGGUUCCUCCUUGACAAUAACGCCAAGAUCAAGUUCACGGGCCCUAACCACCCCACUCGAGGUUCCGCCCUACAUGUGGCCGUGGGAACCUCGAACAAAGAUAUGGUCAAGCUUCUUCUUGAAAGAGGAGCCGCUGUCGAUGGUCGGGACAAAAGGGGUCAGACCCCUCUCAGUAUGGCAAGGAAAUACCGUAAAUCCAGCAUCGAAAACCUGCUCGUCAGGUAUGGAGGAGCUAAGGCAGUUCUGAAUCAUAGUUCUUAA